CUCGGCGUUGAACGUACACGUGCGUACGGCGCGCGCUAACCUACCGCACUCUCGAUAACAACGGACGCGGCUUGGGGUUCUGUGACAGGCAGUGUUAAGUUUUGUGUUCAUCUGAAAUUCAGCAACUACAGAUACCUCGUCUAUGAUGUUUCACAGUUUGUGUUGAGUUAAAGUUACAUUAACCACAGGUGAUUUGAUCUGGGAUAUGUUAGGAAAGUGACACUCGGUGAGCCGUGGUUUUGAAAAAUACCUCAGUGCUGUGAACGGUAUUUCGAAAGUGCAUCGAACCGCGAACUUCAGUAGUUGGUGAGGGGAGCCAUGCCGGCGCAGUGGAGUCGCCGCUCCUGAGCUGGGCGUCUGGCGUGGUCGGGCAGUAACGGCGCUCCCGCGGCUGCCAUGGGCGCGGGCCAUGCGAGCGCUCCGCCUGCUUGUGGCGGCGCUGGCAGUGGCAUCUUGCGCGGCGGCCCCGGCGCCCGAGCCCCGAGCGCAGCGCUCCGCCAACCUGAGCCACAUCACCGGCACCUCUCGGACUAUCCAGAUGUUCCUCAAGAACCGCUACCUGCAGCUCAUGCCCGAUGGCACCGUCAACGGUACUACAGACGGCAACAGCGUUUACACGAUACUUCAGCGUGCGACUUACAAAGUCGGCCUCCUGACGAUCCAGGGGGUUUCCACCUGCCUCUACCUCUGCAUGGAUGCCUGUGGGUUCCACUACGCAAAUAAGGAUCUCACGGACGACUGCGUCUUUGAAGAACACAUAGAAGAGAACAACUACAACACAUACUCGAGAAUACGAGUAGGAAAAAAAACAUUCCUGGCAUUAGACAACCGCGGGAAGGCGCGACGAACCCAGAUACCAGUCAAUAGACCUCUAGGGAAUCUCUCUGGGUAUGCACUCACUCUGACCAGACGGUGGGAUGGCCCGAGACAAACGCAAUGCCCUCCCCGUCGUCACAGAGGCAAGCUAAAACGACCUCCGCCCUUCCACAGAAACUGCCAGAAACGAGUACAGAAGCAAAACAUGAGGAAACGGAAGCACAAGAAAGCGAACGACCAAAAGAAGAAACAACGACAUCCGAAAGCGCGGAGAAAACAUGAGAACAGUACGACUACGACAGAGUCGUGGGACGAGUCGACAAUGUCGACCAUGUCGACGACAGACGGGGAGUUUUUUCGUUCGUCGACCGCGAUGGAGGCGGCAGGUCACCCGUGAGUCGGUCUCUUGUCGUGGUCGGAGCCGCCGUGGCGCUAGCACACUAGCACAGUUCCACAGUUACGCGCAAGAAUCUCUUAUCAUUCCUAUUCAACGCCCUUCCCAAGGAAAGGCCAUUGAAUAUCGCCAGUAAAUAAUGGGUUUUAAAUUUUUUAAUUAUAAAUCAAUCAUAUAUUUUAUCAAUAUUGUAUUUAGAUAAAACAUAAAAAUAGUUUUGGCAAAAGGAAAAACAUAAUUGACGUUUGACCAUGAUUUAGAGAACAGAGAGAUGGUAAUAUCUUAAUUUAAAAUGUUUAAACUAAAUCUGUCUCUCCACACUUCAUCUAGUCUAUUACUCUAUGAUACAUCAGAAUACUCAUCUAGAAGCAAAUUGUUGCAUUUAACAACGUUUGAUAUUAUGCUACCAAAGUAUGAAGUUAUCUAUCUCAAUCGUAUUCCUAGUUUGCUUUAAUAUAGUUGUAUUGGAUUCCAUUCAUGUGAGUUAUCAUGAAAUUAACUUAGAUUAUCGUAUUAUGAUUAAUCGAAUGUUUAUCGAGUCGAGAUUAAUGUUUUGUAAUGUGGAACCGUGUUAGGAAGGGUGAGCUGAGUUCGCAACAAACGAUUAAAUUGAAUAAUGUUUUGAGCGUAUUAGUCCGUCAAAACAGAUUGAAAAUAAAAACUUGUCUAUGCGUCUUGAAACACGUUUUAAAAAAAAUAUGCAUUCAGAGGCAGAUAAGAAAAACUUUUUAAAUUAUUACACACAAAAUAUUUAAGUAGGUAGGUACCUAAACAUAACUGACAACAUUAUGAAUCAGUCUAACUAUGAAUUUAAAUUCAAUAUUAAAUUGAAUUUAUAUGAAGACACAAAUCAAACCUAUCAAGAUUUCGGCCUUAAAUGCCACAACCGUUGCCCGUCAAUUUUAACAUCGACUAUGUCUUGCAACGGUCAGUUUACCUACUUUUUUGUCAUCCGAAAUCAUUUCCUAGUUAACCUCUAUUUAAUCAAGCUUAAGGCUCAAGAUCACGCCAACAACCCUCAGCGUUUGGGCGGAGCUAACAAACAACUAUAAUUCGUGUGAAAGUCAGCGGCACACUUCCUCCCGUCGCCCGCACAUGGACCCGCGGAUGGCCGUUUGUAGUGAAUAUAGUUAAAAGUCCCUUAAGUCGAAGUUAUAUGUUUUUUUUUAACUUUCAAAACGUUCGCUUUUUAGAGAAAUGAAAUAGCUAUUUUCGCUUGUUAGAGCGAUAAAAAUAUCACUGGUAGUUUAGAAGCAGUAGCAAAAUUAAAAGUGGAAGAUCAUUUCAAUAGUUUUUAUUAUAUCGUAUUUUACGAUUUACAAAAUUUUCAAACGUUCGGAUUCAGAUUACAUAUUCUGAACUCAUUGCAGAGCAUUAGACCCUCAAAGAUGAUCAUUUCACGACACCAGGAGCCUUAAGUGAUUUGUUUGUAGACGUUAUGCGGUACAAGGAACGAUUCAAAUUUCAAAUAGUUAUGAAUUCUCGAAUAUUUCAAAAGACACGUUAGAAAUGUAGCCUUGUUUGUUGCGAACGCAGUUCCGAGGUUAAAAUUGUACUUAGACGGGAGUGUUGAGGUGUAAUUUCUUAAGAAAUUGACUGAAUAUAAAUGACUGAGUAAUGUAGGUACCGUGAACCGUCGGAUUUGGAAUAGGCUAUCAUAGUGUACGUGCGGCGACGACUCGCUUCUGUUUAUAUUAAGUUGUGUUCUUCGAAGAAAGCGAUGUUGUGUCUCGAAAUAACGAAUAAUCGAACAAAGAGUACCUAAGUAUUGCAAAUUGAAACACAGAAUCGUUUGCUUCGAUCGGCAGGAAUCAUUUAGUGAUAUACUUUAAUGAAGUGACUAGUAGUUUAUAACUUGUAUCUAAUUUGUAAAUUAUUUAUUUUCCAUAGAGAAAUUUCGUAUUUUGUUAACGUUUUAGUUGAUGUUUUUAAUUCACUUGUCCCUUUAGUUACAUCCGAUGUAGAUAUUAGGAUGAGAUACGCUUGUAAUAUUAGAAAGCCAACUUUGUGUAUUAUAUUUAUAGCCGUUCUGUUAAUAUGUUAUGUAUAUGAUUUGAUUGGACAUGUAUUGUAUGAACAAAUGUAUGAAUGACAUUCUCGAUAUAACCUAUUCAUUAAUUUCAUCGAUUAUUUAUAAAUAAUAACAGCGGACUUUUAAAUGAAGCCAACAAACCGAGAAACCGUGGGUCAAAUAACUGUUUUCAGUAUAGAAUUAUCAAUAUAAAGCAAAUAUAAAAGUAGAAUUUAAUGCGAUUUUCAAAAUAUUUAAAUUUCAUCGGUACAUUAAUACGCACAAAUGUUUAUACCUACCUAACUAUCCAAGCAAUGAAAAGUUUGUAUUUCAUGGUUUGAGACACCGCUAUUAAUAUUGUCCGCUAGUAAUGAAUAUUGAAAAGGUUUAUGAAUAUACAAGCUUAUAAAUGUACGUCUAUUAUUUAUGUCUGUUAUGUAAAUUAAAAAAAAAUGUACUACAUUAGCAUUUAGCAUGUUUAUCAUCACAGUAAUGACUCAUUCUGAAAUUCUGUUGUAAAUAUUCAUUAUUUCACUCGCCUCGAACAGUAUUGGUGAAAAUUUGUUCUCCUAUAAGUUUCUAUAGAUUAAUAAUUUUGUAUCGAAUAAAUUAUGCUUCGCCCCUCAUAAUAUGGUUCUAUGUUUCCUUUAGAACAGACAUUGCCGGCAACAAUGUUACAAAAAUUUUAAGAACUAGAAGCUGUUCAAGUACUUUUCAACAAAUAGUGCGUACAAUACUAUUGUCAAUUAAAAAUUAUGUAAAAUAGUCUAUCUACUGUGUAAAAAAUUCUAUGUCGAUUUAAUCGUAUAAUAAAUACCAAGAAAUGUUUCAGUCGAUUUUGCAAAUAGUCGAUCAAAUCUUGAGUAUUCAGUUAUAUAAUUCCAAUUAAUAUUACCUAAAGAUGUGCCAUAAUAUCCCUUAAAAGUUGUAUUUUUUAAAUGAUUAUUUACUCUCAGAUUUAGUAAAAGAAUGUUUAAACACACAUAUUUCUUUAAAUACAUUGCCGCAUCAGUCCACAACAGUUAAAGAAAGUAGAUAAGAACUAACAAAAUAUAAAAAUUGACGUCUACUCAAUCCGACAGCUGAAUAAGUAAUGACCACAAUUCAACCCAUUUACUGUAGGGGGCGCCUCUCUAUACUAUAAAGCAUAUAUUUUAUAGAAUGAAUUACUUUGUGGAUUGAUUUCUGGAUAUUCAUCAGUUCAAUGGAAAGCACCUUAAUCUUCCCACCAAUGAAUGGCUUCAUUCCCACCUAAAGUUAGGGAUCCAAUGGGGAACUGGGUCAAACAGUAUUACUUAUAUAAUUACGAUACCUAUGCAUUUUUACGGUAACGGUAUUCGUGGUUGAAAUGAAAUUUAAUUUUGAAUGUUUGUUUGAAUGAGGAUCAUGGAUAUAUUAUAUAAAUUCAAUUAUAAAUGUAAGCUCAAAAAACUUAAGUAAGCCUUGAAGUAUUCGCCAUGAUUUGUGUCAAUAAUAACUGGUGAUAUUAUGUACCUAACUAAAUUUUACUCUGUAAUUUUGGAAGUAAUAGAAAUCCACAGAUGAGCGAUAUUUAUCGAUACUGGCGUAUGUUUAAGUGGAAAACAUCGAUACUAACAACAUAUAUAUUGAAAUAUAAUUAUUUAUAACAUUAUAUAACUACACAUUACACAUAAGCACUUAGAGUGACUUACAGCUGCUUUUUGUGACCUGUUUAGCACUAACCUUAAAACUUUUUAAUAGACUAAUAAAAUUAUGAUUGUUAUUUUUUUAUUAGGUAUUUAUUACAUAAUUUCAUUAAUGUCGCUCAUUCCUAUAGUAUCCGCAACACAUAUUCACUCAAAUAUUAUAACAAUUCAAAGCGGAAUGGCCUUUCUACUUCUGCUUUUCACACUUUACACACACACAACAUACGGCAUGAAGUGCAAAAUACAAGGGCGCAUUCCGUCUGUUUGGCGAUUUAAGGUUAUCAGCUAUGUAUUAACUUAAAGUUCGACAAGCAUUUUAUUUUUAAAUUUAAUAUUUUUUUAAUAUGAUCCUCAAAUUGAAUGAACUGUUGAAAGGUUUUAAAUAUAAUAAUAAUAAUUCUUACGUUAAUUAAAAGAUUGAUAGAAACAUGUAGACAAUAACUUUUUACAGCCUCUUAUACCGAGAAAUAAAAAUGAUUCUUAAACGAAA